GUCUCGUGGCAGCCGCAGGUUCUCGCUGUGCACAAACCUCGCCCACAGCUGGUCUUCGCCCCACGCGAAAUAGCCGAGCAGCAGGACGACUUAAGGAUCGCUGCACCCGCUGAAUCACCGGUAUACGAAGCAAUGCAGCCCCUACUCCUCAGGAACCAGAGCUCAAUGGUACGUGAAGCGCACGGGGCCGACGCCGCCCAAGCUGCCGUUGAUGGAGACGACGCCGCCGGUGGACGUCCCGCUGGCGCGGGGGGAGGCGUUGCCGCGGCUGAGGAAGGCGCCGUGGAUGAAGACGAGGUCGAGCGCCUGGCGAGCUGGCUGAGUCUGUUCCGCAUGCUCGUCAUCUUCCUGCCCUUGUUCGCGCUCUGCAUGCCGAGCCUGCUUGGGGACUGGGAGCACGCUCGUCGCAACGAGACCUCCAUCGCGUCCCGGAGGUUCUUCGGCAUGGUCACGCCUCCCGGCUCGUCGUUUCGCCGCCAGUCGGUCCGCACCACGUGCCGUAGCCGCGCAUGCGUUGUUGCUGCCUCGAGCGUCUCUCUCGACCCUAUGACCAACCCCUGCGAAGACCUGUUCGGUCACGUCUGCAACAACUGGAUCAGGGACCACCGCGUCAGCCGGAAGGCCGAGACUUGGGAGGUGAAUCGCGACCGGCGCACGAUGGACCACUUGCACCAGGCAGCACUGACUGAAGACCUGCACAAGAUUCUGGCCGGCCAGACCGACGGCCGCUGGUUGCCCGAGGCGAUGCCGCAUCUCUACCGCAAGUGCCUCAGGCCUGGUCUCAAGGACGCAGCCGAGCUUCGCUCUAAGUUGCUCGAAAGUGCUGGUCUUUUGCCUUGGCCGCACAACGCACGGGACAAGGCCCGCGCCCCGGACAUUUCCAAGGUGGUGGGCAACGCGUACUACUUCACGAAUGAGCCGGCGCUUCUGCGCAUGGGCGUGGGCGCCGACGGUCGUGCCUUCCUGGCCGAGCCGCGGCUGCUCCUGGACGCUCUGACGGUGGGUCCCCGCGAAGUGGCGCAGGCUGCCGCUGCGGUCUUCUUGUCGGCGGGAGGAAAGCUGCCGGUGCCCGAAUACGUCAACAGGAUAGAGGAGCUCCUGGACAAUGCACGAAAGGGCGACGUCCCGGCACCCUGGAAUACCACGCGGCGCCUUCCAGAGGCGAACAACAACACAUCACGACCGAGAGCCGCGGGGGAACCGCAGAGCGCGUGGUCCUCGUGGAACCUCCGCACCAUCAUCGAGGAGGCGUUCGAGGGUCGAGAGACUCCCGACGAAGUCGUGCUUCGGGCGCCCAGCUAUGUCGACGCCCUGCCGGACGUGCUCAAGCAAGUGAGCGAGCACGAGUUGCUCAACUACCUGGGACUGCGCACGGCCCUGCUGGCGUCCCGCCUGCUGCCAGCCGGCCCAGAGAAGCAGCUGCUCGGCCGACUCAUCGAUGUCGAUGACACGGCGCCCGCCCGCACCGCCACCGAACAUUGCAUUCGCAUGAUUGCGAAGUACGAGCCGGAGUUGGCGCUCUACGCGCUGACCAUCUUGUCUCCGCUGGUGACUGGCCUAAACAUCGACUCCCUGCUGAGCUUCCUGCGGCGCCAGCUGUCCAGCGAGCUGCGUACCGGGGCCCUGGACGUCAACGACGCGGCGCUUUCGGACAAACUGGCCGAGCUCGCCUACUCCAUGCCGUGGAUAGGGCCCGCUCCAAGUUGGCUGCGAAACACCACUUCACGCGAGGCAUACUUCACGAGGUUCUACGAAGGGAAUAAAGCGGCGCUCGUCAGGUCCUCGCAAACGUCGCAGGCCGUGUUCGCCUGGAUGCAGGAGAAGGCGGUCAGCGAGCACCUGGCCACCAACGGGCCGCACCGGACCACCGCGGACCAGCGCUGGCUGCCGGGCCUGCUCUCGACGCGAUGCAGUCUCGCGCUGCGGGAAGAGGGCGCCGACAACGAUGGCGUGCUUCCGCCCGAAGCCACGCUCCAGGUGCCACCGGCCGCCCUGGACUUACUCUGGGGCACGCAUCCAUCGACAGCCAUGCUACAGGUGGCACGCAUCGGCGUCCGCGCCUUCAAGACCGUGCUGCAGCACCUGUUUCGCUGGCAGCAACGGCAGCACAGCGACGCGACGGGGUCGUACGUCCACGACAACUGCACUCCGUGGGACGCGGCCCCGUACCAGCUGGACAUGGCUCUGGAGUCGCUGGCGCUGUCCCUGGCGCUGCGCGCUUACCUCGCGUGGCCGGGAGCCCCCGAGCUCGUGCUGCCGACACUGCAGCACCUGGAGCCCGAGCAGCUCUUCUACGUCUUCUACGCGCUCAACCAGUGCGAGGUCAACGGGCCGGACGUGGAGCAGACCCUCGUUUCUUCUAGACACAAGCUCCGCGACGACGCGGCCCGACCCGAUCGCGCUGGCUGGGUCAACCGAGUGACGUCCAGGAACGAGGACUUCGCCAGGGCGUUCAGGUGUCCACCGCCGCUGAAGCCACCGAACCCCUUUCGCGACUGCGGUCUGGUUCCUCCUUCCGGGACAAACGCGGUCCGCGCCUAAAAAGUGCGGACGUUGCUAUACUUUCAGGCGCCCAGGUGUCGGAGGCACCCUCGCUUUUUUUUUUUUAUAAAUAGUUCACUACGUUCAUU